CUGUGGGUCUUGAUGGUGGCGGCGCCGCGGUCGUCGCUCACCGCGCGGGUCAUGGGUCCCAUCGCGCCGGUGAUUGCGCUCUCGCUCGCGCACCUCGCCAUCGUCCUGCUGGCAGCGUCGGCGCCUGGAGGCACGGAGCCGGUCAAGAUAUUCGCGGACGUCUUCGACCCGGCGCAGAAUCAGCUGGACGGGAUGGUGCGCCUCUUCGAGGUGCGUGACUUCGUGGCCGAGGAGUGGCCGCACGUUCUCAUCUGGGACCUCUUCGUCGGCCGCGCCAUCUGGCUGGACAGCCUGGAGCGGGACGUUGGCUUCACGUGGGCCGCGCUCCUCCUCACCAACGGCAUCGGACCGCCGGGGCUGCUGCUCUACGUGACCAUCUGCCUCCUCUCUGGCCGUGGGGUACCAUCGAUGGGGUACCGUCCGCGAGACCGGGCCGAGUACUAA